CCUCUCUCAUCUGCACACUGAAAACCAGGAAGUUCAGAAGAAAUGAAACCUAUUUCCCUGCUACACAAGCCUCUGCUUAAGGAUCCACACUCUUCUAGUUUGGUUAAAGCUGUAAAGGAGGAAAUAUUUGACUUGUUAUUCUGUCAAAGCAGGGUAUAUAGAUUAUCUGCAAAGAAAUGUCAGAGUCUGCAGUGAGUCAGUUUGUGGAUCAGUUCAGCUGUCCAGUCUGUUUGGAUCCUCUGAAGGAGCCGGUGACGAUUCCCUGUGGACACAGUUACUGUAUGAGCUGUAUUACUGACUGCUGGGGCCAGAAGGAGCAGGGGCCGCCGUACCGCUGUCCCCAAUGCAGAGAGAGCUUCAGUCAGAGACCUCUACUGAAGAAGAACACUCUGAUAGCUGAGAUGAUGGAGACGCUGCAGAAGACGUCCCUACAAACGGCUGCUGUGGAGUGUGAUGUUUGCACUACAGAGAAGAACAGAGCUGUAAAGUCCUGUCUGCAGUGCUUGGCCUCCUUCUGUCAAACUCACCUGCAGCUUCACUAUGAAUCUCCUGCGUUUAUGAAGCACAAACUAGUCAAAGCUUCCAGAAACAUUCAGGAGAACAUCUGCCUCAGUCAUGGGAGACUUCUGGAGAUUUACUGUCAGGAUGAUCAUCAGUGCAUUUGUAACUUGUGUAUGUUUGACAAUCAUAAUGGACAUCGUUUGGUUUCUCUGGAAUCUGAAUGGACAAAUCAAAAGAAAGAGUUAAAGGAGGCAAAGUUGGCGUGUCAGAAGCUGAUCCAGGAGCGAGAGAGAGGUCAGCAGGAACUCAGUGAAGCUGUGAAGUCUUUUAAAAGUUCAGCUCUAGAGACCAUGGAGGACGUUGAGAAGGUCUUCACUGAGCUCAUCUGCUCUCUUGAGAAGAAACGCUCUGAGAUUAAAGAGCAGAUCAGAGCUCAGGAGAAGACUGAGAUAGAUCGAGCAGAGGAACUUCACAAACAUCUGGAUCAAGAGCUGACAGAACUCAGAAAAAGACAAGCAGAGAUUGAGAAACUUCUGAAUACUGAUGAUCAGAUCCAGUGUCUGAAGAGCUGUCAGUCUGUGUGUGUUUUACCUUCAUUUGAAGACGUUCCCAGCUUCACUCAACACACUCAUCUGUCUUUUAAAGAUAUUUCAAUCUCAGCGUUUAAGGAGGUUUUGGGGGACGUCUGUCAACAGCAAACAGCCAGAAUAUCCCGAGAAGUGUCAAAUGUCCAUGUCUCAGAGACUCCAGAACCUGAAACUCCGAAUGGAUUUUUGCAAUAUUUCUGUCAACUGCAAUUGGAUCCAAACACUGCACACAAAGACCUCAUCCUGUCAGAAGAGAACAGAAAAGCAGCACAUUCAAUUGAAGUCCAGCAAUAUCCUGAUCACCCAGAGCGAUUUGAUGGAUAUUGGAAUUUCUUGUGUCGAGAGGGUUUGUACGGUCGUUGUUACUGGGAGGUCGAGUGCAGUGGGAAGGAAUGGGCUGUAGCAGUUUGUUACAAAGGAAUUGGACGUAAAGGAAACAGUGAUGACUGUAGACUUGGCUUCAACAAAAUAUCUUGGAGAUUGGGUUAUUAUCAGCAGAAUUUCAGUUUCAUUCAUGAUAAAGCACAGGUCCUUAUCCCUGCUGCCUCUAGAAUAGGAGUGUAUCUGGAUCACAGAGCAGGAACUCUGUCCUUCUACAGCGUCUCUGACACAAUGACUCUCCUUCACAGAGUCCAGACCACUUUCACUGAACCCUUAUACCCUGCUUUUGGGGUUGGUACAGGUUCAUCUGUUAGAAUCAUAGAGCAAAGGAGAAUUUUUUGAAUCAGUAAUGCAAUAUUUAGAAAAUGUCCUAAACUGUUUACAGUUAAAGGUAUAGAUAUACUCAAAGCAUUCAUGGAUUUCUGCAUCACAUCUGCAUUAUGUUCCUGUCAACUCUUCACUAUCUUGUACUGCCAUAUAGAAAAGAAAAGUCACAGCAAAUUUAUGAACUUCUGUCCAGAAAAGUGGCUUUUAGAGCUGUCAUAGUGCUCACAUUAUUGCAUUAGAUUAAACAUGUUUAGCAGCAUUAAUAAAUGUACCUAAUUUGACAUUAGCUAAGUAAUUCUUUGUAAUUUUUCUUGAGUGAUUUCUAAAGGGUGUUGCAUUUUUCAUGAAUUUUGAUAAAUUUUGGGGAAUAUUUUGUAUAUAGGACCUCUAUACCCCAUGUGUUUACAUGUGUAUGAAAUGCCAAACUCAGCUGAACUCUUUACUGCCUGCAGGCAUGAAAAUAUAACACAAUGUGAUUGCUAUACAUAUAGAUUAUGAUAUAUUUCACUUUUGUAUUUCACUUGCAGUUUAAGGAAUGUGUGUGUGUGUGUGUGUGUGUGUGUGUGUGUGUGUGUGUGUGUGUGUGUGUGUGUGUGAGAAAGCCCUAACUCGCCCCCUAGUGGUAUGUAAUAUACGCAGCUCAUUCGGGGCGUGGACGUGCAGAAUCGGCAUCUAAAUCACGAAUAUGAAUCAGGCUGGCUGGACUGUUUAUUCAACUUUGUAUAUGUUUUCUCCUGUGCGUGAAUGAUUGCUGAUCACAUGUGUGAAGUAACAUAUACAAACCUCCUUGAUUAAACGAGUUAAACUGGGA